AUGCAAUCCACUUUAUGCUUCUCCGAAACAAAGCUCACAUCUCAGUCAAACAAAAUGAAACUUCAAAUCAUUUGCGUCCUUUCUUUCCUGACUGCGGUCUUUGCAGCCCCUGUCCAAACUCAGGCCGAGAAGCGGGACAGCGCCGGGCUUAUCAAGGAUGUGCUUGGUGAUAAUCUGUUGGGUAAUGGUACCAAACUGCCUCUUGGGAUCGACUUGAAAGACCUCGGGUUGUGA